GUGUACCAGCUCGUUAAUUAUUAGCCUAUUCCCAAAAUGGACGCACUUUAACAAUUUAAAGAAUCUCGCAGGAAUAGCUUGGUGUUUUGUGGACAAUAACAAAAAUGGAUUCAAAUAUAAGAAAAAGUCGCCUUCCAAACUUUACCAGCGCGGAGGAGACUUUAUUAAUAUCUUUGGCCGAGCAGCACGCCAUGAUUUUAGAAAAUAAAAGGACUGAUGCUGUAUUCUGCGAGGAGAAAAAAAAGGUGUGGGAGAAAAUUGAUGUUGCGUUUGAGGCCCAGAUGGGUGUUAAAAGAGGGCCGAAGAACUUGCGAGAAAAAUACGAAAAUUUGAAACGAAAAGCAAGAAAGUCCCUAGCCGAAGAGAGAAGGGAAAUGUACAAAACAGGUGGUGGCCAAUUCCGAAGCUAUACUGACUCCAACACAGACAGGCUAGCAGCUUUAAUGGGCCAGUCGGCAACCGGCUUGUCCAACAGUUUUGAUAGUGAUGUCAUUACAUAUGAAAUAGAGACGAUAGCAGAAAAUGACGUCGUUCCCGAAAUUUUGGAUGACUCCAUGAGAAGCUACACAGCUGAGCCAGUUGUUGAAGCAACUGAGGCCGUAGAAAAUGACAUUACAACCGAUUGGAGCGCAUGGAACCCAACACUGCUUAAAAAGAAGAAAUCAGAAAAACUAGCGGUGAAAAAUGAAAAGGGAAAGCAAAAGUUUGACCAUCAACAAGCUUUCUGGGAAGAUGAGAACAAGAGAGCAGCCGAAAGACAUCAGUGGGCCAAAAAAAAACACGAAUUAGAGAUUUCGGAAGCAGAGAUGAAGUUAGAACUUUUACAAAUUGAUAUGAAAUUAAAAAACAGGCAAAGUGAAAGUCAGUGUACAUACACAACAGAGUGUAUAUAAAUUAGA